AUGGCCUCGGAUAAGAUUAAAGUUGCUGUGCGGGUUCGUCCUUUUAACAGGCGAGAACUAGAGCUUGGAACACAAUGUGUGGUGGAAAUGGAUUCGCAGCAGACGAUCCUACAGUACCCGCAGUCCACACACGACAAAGAAAGAAAACAACCAAAGACGUUCGCCUUCGACCACUGUUUCUUCUCUCUGGACCCGGGUCUCAACAAUUUCGCAUCACAAAAGACAGUGUUCGAGUGUCUGGGGCGAGAUAUCUUGGACAAUGCCUUCGACGGAUACAAUGCCUGUAUCUUCGCUUACGGACAGACAGGUUAG